CAGUGACUAUAUUCUAUGAUCUCUGGUACCCUUUCUCUCCGUCCAUAGUCAUGCCAAGUUGCCAACACACACUGCGUAGGUACCAAGCGAAAUUGAAGAGCAGCAGACAGCAAUGGCUGAACCCAAAACCAAAUACGAUCGCCAGCUCAGGAUUUGGGGUGAACAAGGACAGGCAGCCCUUGAGAAAGCUAGUAUAUGCUUACUCAAUUGCGGUCCAACUGGUUCUGAGACACUAAAGAAUCUUGUUCUUGGUGGGGUUGGAAGCAUCACUGUAAUUGAUGGAUCCAAGGUUGACGUUGGGGACCUUGGAAAUAAUUUUAUGGUGGAUGAAUCUAGUGUUGGGCAGUCGAAGGCAAAAUGUGUAUGUGCAUUUCUUCAAGAGCUAAAUGAUGCUGUUAAGGCCAAGUUUAUAGAAGAGUAUCCGGAGUCGUUAAUUGAGACCAAUCCCUCGUUUUUUUCCCAGUUUACAUUGGUAAUAGCUACUCAGCUAGGGGAAGGCUCGAUGCUAAAGCUCGAUAGAAUCUGUAGGGAGGCAAAUGUAAUGUUGAUCUUUGCUCGCUCCUAUGGCCUUACUGGUUUUGUCCGAAUCAGUGUGAAGGAACAUACAAUUGUUGAGUCAAAGCCUGACCAUUUUCUGGAUGAUCUCCGGUUGAAUAAUCCAUGGCCCGAGCUCAGGAGGUUUGCAGAAAGCAUUGAUUUAGAUGUGCAAGAUACUGUCGCCCAUAAGCAUACACCAUAUGUGGUCAUUCUUGUCAAGAUGGCAGAUAAAUGGGCCAAAAGCCAUGGUGGUAGCCUUCCAUCAACCAGGGAAGAGAAAAAAGAGUUCAAGGACCUUCUUAAAGCCAGUAUGGUUGCAGUGGACGAAGAUAACUAUAGAGAAGCUAUUGAGGCCUCGUUUAAGGUCUUUGCUCCUCGAGGAAUUAGUUCAGAAUUGCAACAGAUUCUUAAUGAUAACCGUGCUGAAGUUGAUUCUAAUUCAUCGGAUUUUUGGGUGAUGGUGGCUGCUCUGAAGGAAUUCAUAGCAAAUGAAGGUAGUGGCGAGGCACCUCUUGAGGGAUCAAUACCUGAUAUGACAUCUUCUACCGAGCUUUAUGUAAAUCUGCAGAACAUUUUCCAAGCAAAGGCUGAGGCUGAUUGUCUUGUUAUUGAGCAACGAGUUAGAUAUAUUCUGAAGAAAAUUGGUAAAGAUCCAAAUAGCAUCUCAAAGACAACCUUAAAAAGCUUCUGUAGAAAUGCAAGAAAACUAAGAGUUUGCAGGUAUCGCUCCGUUGAAGAGGAAUUUAAUUCUCCGAUUUUAUCAGAGUUACAGAAGUAUCUGACAGAUGAAGAUUACAGCAGUGUAGCUGUUGGGUUCUACAUUUUGCUUCGAGCCGUCGAUCGUUUUGCUGCUAAUUACAACAGUUUCCCUGGACAGUUUCAUGGAGGGAUGGAUGAGGACAUUUCCCGAUUGAAGACUACUGCUGUUGGCCUCCUUAGUGACUUAGGUUGCAAUGGCUCAACCUUGACAGAGGACCUUAUCAAUGAGAUGUGCCGAUUUGGUGCUUCACAGCUCCACGCGGUUGCUGCCUUCAUUGGAGGAAUUGCAUCACAAGAAGUUAUCAAGCUCAUAACACGACAAUUCGUACCCAUGUCUGGGACUUUCAUCUUCAAUGGCAUUGAUCACAAGUCACAAUUGUUGUACUUGUAGUAGUUCUGGGGCUGAAAUGGCUUUGAAAUGACUGAUGCCCCUCCCUUGCCAGUAGUGGAGCAGAAACUUAUCCGUCCGAGCAGCUUUGUUAACCAUCUUAUAUAUGGGCUAUUUUGAAAGGAAGCAAUGUUCACUGUGAUCGGAGGCAUGGUCCACUGGCUUGAUGUAGUUUUCAUGAUAUGGAGAUUUUGUGACUGGAUUGCUGUUUGUGGAGGUGAAUGAGAGACAGAAUGAGAUUAUAAAAGGUACAUUAAUUUAAAAGGAACUUUUCAGCCUCUCACCUUAUAUUGUCUAUGAAAUAGAUGGUCGUUACCCCGACAUUUUUGUAUAAUUUUAUUUUUAGAGCCGUUUCCCCAACAUUAAAGAAUAGCUUAUUUCA